CCUGUUCUGUGUUAAGUUUUAGGGAAGUCGUGGGAGUCUGGUCUCCGCCCCUUUCUCAUUGGCACCGCCCCUUGUGUGCGAUUUCCCUCCGAGUUCGCGGUAGUUUCUUGCGCAGGCGCAGUGGCUUUACCAUGGCGGAAUUGAUUUCUUUCGUGGUUCCCACCCAGAGUGACAAAGUUUUGCUGGUGUGGGAGCUGAGCGCUGGUCCCCCAGCCGAGGCCUUAAGACAUUCUCUGUCUGCAGCGUUCUCCCAGUUUGGCCUUCUGUAUUCAGUCCGAGUCUUCCCGAACGCCGCGGUGGCCCGCCCCGGCUUCUACGCCAUCAUCAAGUUUUACUCGUCAAGGGACGCGCAGAGAGCCCAAAGGGCCUGCGACGGGAAGCCUCUCUUUCAGACUUCGCCAGUGAAGGUUCGUCUCAGCACUAGACAUAAGGCCCUGCGACAUCAGGCCUUUGCCCUAAACAGUUCACGGUGUCAGGAACUGGCAAAUUUCUACUUUGGCUUCAAUGGAUGGUCAAAAAGGAUCCUCAAGCUGCAGGAGCUCCCUGGAGCGGAGGACGAGGCCAUUGCGGGGCCCGGGCGGAAGCAGAGCCUCAAGUUCUUCUGUGCUGUGGAGGUGGUGCUGCCGGCCUAUGGAUGCAGGAGCCCUGGAGUCGGCAUCGCUGACGAGCCUCUGCACCAGCUGGAAGAAGGACAGCCAUCAUUUCUCAUGAAGAGGAAGACCGCUCAGAAGCUCGCGAUCCAGAGCGCCUUGUCAGACGCCUUCCAGAAGCUGGCCAUCGUGGUUUUAGGUCAGCUCCUUUCCUUGGAAUCAGCCCGGCCAAAGGGAGGAGGAGUGCCUCUCCGAUCUCAGCUUGGAAGAGGAAGAACCCGAGCCGUAAGAACUGCACUAGCCCUGUGGCAGGCGAGGCCCUGCCAUCUCACUCUCCUGGGAACUUCUACAUUUCUGAUCCGUGGGCUGCUGGCGUCCCUCAACACCCACGUGUGAGGCCCAAGUCUUGCCCAGCGCCUCGGAAGAGAUCUAAGAGGCUGGAGCCCUGUCACUGGGAUGGGAAGAGGUCUAAGAGGCUGGCUGCUGCCUUUGCCUCAGGAAUGUCCCUGGGAUGGGAAGAGGUUCCCUGUGCAGAAUGGCACUGGGCCCAGAGGAAUAAAGGUCGCCUAACAAAGGUGUCCAGUUGUGUUAGUGGGUGGUUUGGGUCCCCGGCGUCAGGAGCGUCACUAAGGUUUAGUUCCACAGUGAGGCUGUCUUUGAAGGGACGGUCUGACCCAAUUUUCCUGGGGCCCGGGUAGUUCUCCCAGAUCCUUGAGGACAACCGACCCCUGGUUUUUGUAUUGCUUUGGAAUUGCCCCUGUAGCCUACAGCCCAGACAGCACCUGGCCGUUUUGUUUUUUAUUCAGUGUGUGUGUGUGUGUGUGUGUGUGUGUGUGUGAACCAGAGUUGGCUCUCUCCUUUGGCCACUUGGCCUUUUGAGUAUCUGGGGUCCACCACCCCCUCAUCGGUGUUUACCCCACGACAGGAGUUCACAACAGUUUGCUUUUGUUCCAGGAUACCAGUGUCUCUUGGCAGAUAUACCCUGAAUCAGAUCAGUUGUCUGUUCCACCCCAGAAUGUGCCCUGCUAGCUGACUCGAAUCCCAAGGCUCCCAAAGGUGGUUCCGGUGCUAGGGGGGAUCAGAACAGGGCUCUGCUGAAAGAAUUGGUGUCGGCUCAGGACCCCCAAGACCAAGUUCUCAGGACAAAGGAGAUUUAUCUGCCCCAGAGGGACAAAGAACAGGGAAUAAGAGACAAAGACAGGAGACAGAGGAUGAAGGGGAAGGGAAUGGGGGUGGGGUGGGGAAGGACUGCCUCCAGAUAGAAAGAAGACAGAUGUGGCUCAUAGGCAAAUGGUGGUUUAUAAAGGGAAAGGGGGAAACCUUGUAUUAGAUUGAGGUGUUUAAUUUUAAUUGGGCAUGUUAAUUAGAUGUGCCACAGGGGGCUUUUGAUUGCUGGAUUUCAAUACUUUGAUAGCUGGACCUUGCUACCAAGGUUGUUGGCCUCAGAAGGAGCACGUGGCCAAAUAAGGGAACAGACCUUGGUGACUAGCUUUAGGGCUGUAAUCUAAUGUUUUUUAGCAAGGCAGAGGGAAUGGGGAAGAAGGGCAAGGCCUGCCAGAGCCGCAUAUUUGAGUGGGUUUUUUAGAUCCUAGUUAGCAGCAGAAACUCCAUUUUGUCCCAGUCUGCCCUGAGCUGCUACCCACAAUUUCCUGAGGCCAGACGGCAGCCCUCGGAGCCCCUCAGACACGUGUAAACCACGACCGUUCCAACCCCUUCUGAUUGGCUGAAAGUGUGUCACCUGGAGAGUCCCCGACCGCUUCUCCCUGCAUAGGUUAUGAUUGGAUGGGACUCCAGAGCUGUCUCUUUGUGGUUUUCCCCUUUAAAACUGGCUGCUGCCCCUGCCUCAGAAAUGCAGGUGGAGCCCAAACCCUGUUGCCUCCCUGACACCAGUUUUUUAAAAUAAAUUUUGGCUUGCUUGAACCCA